AUGUCGGCUCCUACAUCUUCCUCUCCGUCAUCCUGCAAGGUGAUGCUGUCCAAGCACGUCGCCAAUGUCCUGCUCCAGGAAGUCCAGGAGGGGCUCAAGACCCUCGAGAAGCCGCCGCACUUGGUCGGCUUCCUGGCGAAUAAUGACCCUGCCGCGCUGAUGUACGCGCAGUGGACGCAAAAGACUUGCGAGGAACAUGGCUUCAAGUACUCUCUCCGCGAAGUUUCUCGCGACGACAUCGAAGAGGCCAUCAUUGGCGCCAACGCCGACUCCGACGUCGACGGCAUCAUCGUCUACUACCCGAUCUUCAACAACCGACAGGACCAGUACCUGCAGCAAAUUGUCGAUGUCGGCAAGGAUGUCGAGGGUCUGAGCCAUCGCUACAUCUUCAACAUGUACCAGAACAUCCGCUUCUUGGACCCGGAGACUAAGCACCAGAAGUGCAUUCUGCCUUGCACUCCGCUGGCCAAUAUCAAGAUCCUCGAGUACCUCAACAUCUACAACACCAUCCUGCCCUACGGCAACCGUCUCUUUGGCCAUACCAUCUGCGUUGUGAACCGCUCUGAGGUCGUGGGCCGCCCACUAGCCGCACUGCUGGCCAAUGAUGGUGCUUGCGUGUACAGUGUUGAUGUCACUGGUGUACAGAAGUUCACUCGUGGUGAGGGACUGAAGAAGCGCCGGCAUGAGAUCGUUGAUCUGGAGGGUGCUACUCUGAAGGAUGUGGCACCCCUGUGUGACGUUGUUAUCUCGGGUGUGCCGGGUGACAAGUACAAGUUCGACACCAGCCUUCUCCGGGAGGGUGCUGUGUGUGUCAAUUUCUCGAGUGAGAAGAACUUCGGCCCCGAGGUCAAGGAGAAAGCCUCGAUCUUUGUUCCAUCUAUUGGCAAGGUAACUAUUGUUGUCCUGCUGCGGAAUCUACUGCGACUCAUCCAGAACCGCCGGGUGGACGAUGUUCAGCCCGCUGCCGCUACUGAGCGGCCGGGCACUCUGGAGGCGUCUACCUGA